UUUUUUUUCUUAUUUUUUUAAAUUUUCUUUUUGAUUUUUUCUUUUUUCUUUUUAUUAUAAAAUCUUCAUAUUGUGUAUUCAAACACUUAAAACUUGACAAAACAUUUCUUACAUUCUGAUUUUGUUUUGUCUCGAUCAUGAAGAUCAAAAAGACCCCUUCAAAAAAGCUAGCACCUUUGCCUCUACCACUUCGUACUGUGAUCAAACACUUGGAAGAAGAUGCCGAAGCUAACAUACCCAACUUGAUUAAACAACUUGAUAAAUGGAUUUAUCCACGUGGGGAUCUUUUUCAUUGGGUAACAGUACUCAACCGAUUUGAUACUAUUUUACAACGUAUUUGUAAUGAUUACAAACUGGAUACAAUACAAACUAUUCCUUUUGAUCCUUCUAUCAAACAAUUGAUUCUUGCCAUUGCCAACUUUAGUCUUACAUUAUUUGAACAUUGUACCAACAGAAAUAUUUAUAACUCUUAUGAACAUUUGACGGCUUUAUUAAAUACAACUGAUAUUGACGUUUUGGAAACUAUUUUACGAUUCAUGUUAAGACCUGCACAACGCGUCAAUAAUCCAAGAGCUAUUCGAUCAAGUUUUGUUGCUCCUCAAGAUAAAAUUCUGGAAUUAGCUCGUGGUUGGUCUAUCCCUUACCAAGAUUUGGAAUCUUUAUCUAGUAAUCAAUUUACUCCUUC